AAAUUUUAUUUCACACUAUUACUUAACUACACUCAAAUACAAAUAAAAUAUAAUACUAAUAAAUAUUAAAUAAAAUGCGCAUUGCAUUCGACAAUAGUUUUGGUUACAUUUCUUUGCUGCUGAUAAAUUGUUUGUUGCUCUCCAGCAGCGAGGCGCAGCGCACCGUCGGCGCACGCGGCGUGUUGCGUAGAAACUAUACGGGCAAAAAACCAGUUGUCAUACAACAUCGCUCUCAGGAUGCCGUCAAUUAUUACGAACAUGAAAAUGGCGCCAAAAUAAUAAAAUCCUCUCAUUUUGAGUUGGAUUAUACGCUGGGAAGAAAAAUUACAUUCUUCUGCAUGGCACAGGGCAAUCCACGUCCCACAAUCACUUGGUUCAAAGAUGGCGCCGAAUUGUAUCAGCAUCGAUUUUUCCAGGUACAUGAGUCACACAUUGAUACGGAUAUAAUCAAAUCGAAAAUGGAAAUCGAUCCGACCACACAAAUGGAUGCAGGCUACUAUGAAUGCCAAGCCGACAACAUUUACGCAAUCGAUAGACGCGGUUUUCGCACCGAUUACGUUAUGAUUAACUUUUAGCAAAUACAAUUUUCUAAAUACCAAACUUUUGUGUAAAUUUUUUUUUAGAAAAUGUAUACGAAUAAAUAUUGCACGUAAUAUAAAAUAAAA